GCAAUAUCACAGUUUAUCCAGAGGAGGGCAGUCAGUUCUUUCCUGCUGUUCCACAUCUGUUUCCACUAUCAGCUGAAAAAACAGUCGGCCGUCAGUCUCAAGAACCAGAAUGAUAUUGUAAACAAAUACAUUUACUUCUGCUGGGCCCUGCAGACAGAUCAACUACAACCCACUGACUGAACCUGUUAACAGACCAAAAACUGACCAAAUAAACAAUGCCAAUCUCUGGUAUCUGACAAUAUUUAUUAUAAUUUUGUAAGCUCUUGCUAUGUCUGUAUAUUUUCCAAAUUAGUCAAGAAAAGUACAUUUUCAUUGUUUUUCAUGCAUAUAAACACACAAGAUGCUAUGAAGCGUUUCACCAGCACUAAAUCUUGUUUAUAACUGAUAUUCUCCAACUGGACUGGACAAAAACUACAUUUCAGCCUCCUGCACAAGAAAUGACAUCUGUUUCAUUGGGUAUAGUGUGUAGUCCUAUACAAAGGGGGAGGAGAGAGGGUGUAGACUAAGUCAAAACAGAGCGUGUCCUGUCUCGGGUUACACAGAGGAGAAGGAGAGAAAAAAAGAGUACAGGAAUUCACUUUUUGUGAGGAGACUGAACUGGAGUUGCAUGGAGCCCAUCAGACUGGAGAAUGAAGAUCUCUGCAGUGCUAACAGCUCUCCUGACUAACCUCCUCUUUGGAAAUGUGUGCUCAGCUAUCAACGUCACCGUCACUCCAUCUCCGUUCACUGUGGUAGCUGAGGGGGAAAACAUCACCUUGUCCUGUCAGGUGUCCCAGCGGCGGAGGUCUGCGAGUCUGCCUGUGGUGCGCUGGAUGUUUCAGCCGGAAUCGGGAGGAGAGGAGCUGCUGGUGGUGCGGGUGAACAUGCAGAGAGCCAAGUUCUACGGAAACUACACCAAGAGCUUCCGCAAGCCCAAAAUGAAACUGACAGUGGUGAAACAGGGCAAGAUAUAUAACCUCCUCAUCAUGAACGUCAGAGAACAGGACAGGGGUCUUUACAGCUGCAGAGUCCAAGAGUUCAAGAUGCAUCAGGAACGAUGGAAAGCUUCCACCAACAGCUCGGCCUCCACACAUCUCCGAGUCCAUGUUCUUCCAGCCGGCAAACCAAAGGAGGAACUGUGGAGUCUGUUUGAAGAUGUGUAUCUGUGUGCUGUGCUGGUGUGUUGUGUUGGGCUCUUGUGUAUGUGCAUGUUCACUAUAGCUGUGAGCUGUCAGUAUCUGCAGAGGAAGAGACGAUUAAAAGAAAACUAUCAUUUGGUCAAAAGUCCACAGAACAGUUCAGGUGAGACGGUCACUAGUGUGGUCAGUCUCUCUCCAGCUCUUCCCAAGAAGGUGAGAAAGUACAAGAAAAACAAAAGCAUGGAGCAGCCAGACGUGCCGCCAGAGAUACCGGCUAAAGCUCCUAUUGCAGACAAAAUGCGAAAGCCGAAGCUUUUAAAACCGCAACCCAGAAAAGUGGUUUUGCCCAAAAUUGCAGAGGAGAGUCUGACGUACGCUGAGCUCGAACUGAUGAAGCCGCCGCCUGAAGCCAAAACUGCAAAGACAGGAACCGUGUACGCUCAGAUACUCUUUGAGGACAAGCCUGUGUAGCGUUACAAUUUCUCAAAGAAAACUUUAUUUAUGAUAACACAAUAUUGAUUUUAUUCUUUACCAUUUUUCUAAAGUUUUAUACAUGCAACCUUAAGUGAACUGUACAUAUUGUAUAUUCUUUACUUUCUAUGUUAAUGUUUUAUCUGUGACAAAAAAGUUUCAUAUUUAGCAAAUUCAAAUUACUGUCAUCCAAAAACUGCAAACUGUAACUAAAAAGCACAUCAAUGCAGUAGCCAAACAGUCUCAAAAACAACAUUUGCAAAAGAUUUAAUAACUGCGUCUGUUAAUAACUAAUUAUUUAUAUAAGGACAUUUUGCACAACAACAACAAAAAAACAGGGAAAACUUCUCAGGAAUGUUCUGGGUUCAAUACAAAUUCAUCUCUAUGAGCAGCUUCGGUGGCCUGCGCUUGAUGUAUUUCAGCCUAUAAUAAUUAUUCUGUAAAUAGAUGUGUUAUUUGAGCUGUAAACUUGUGUAAACUGUCUGUUUGGGGAUGGGACUACUUUCCUAUGUGGAUGAACUUAGUUAUACAACACCAACACCAAGUUUUUUUCCAUUUGUAAAUAGUUACAUCUCAUCUCCUUAUGUUUACUUUGCUGGUUUUGUCCUCAAAUUAUUAAACAGACAAGCUAAUGAGUGAUUUCAUGACUCAACUAGACUAAAAAUGUUAAAUAUAAUGUAAACAUGACUUUAUAAUAUAAUGUGCAAUGAUUUAUUUAUACAGUAUUUUUGUCUUGUUUUCCCACUAUAAACAUCUACACGUUCUUACAACUUAAAAAGCAAAAUGAUAUAAGAUGUUAAAUCUUGCUUUCUGAGAAAUGUAUGAAAAUGAAGUGGAUUUAUGCAAGAAUUCUGCAAAUGCAGAAAAACAAACUUUAUUCAAAUGGAAAAUUAGUUUAUUUUGCCCAAAAAAGCCUCAGUUAUCAUGCAUUUUCAGUAAGUAAAUGUACAGUAUCUUGAUUUAAGGAUGUUUAGAUCUUUGUACUGGGUUUUUUGCAGCGUAAGUACCUUACGGUAAAUGUGAUUUUUGUUUGUUUGUUUUCACAAGCCUGAAUUAUUUCUGUGGUAAAGGAAAGCAGGCCACAGAAGCUCAACUUGAGUUGAACCCGGAAAAUUCCUUUAAAUCUGUCAAAUUGCUCAAGCCUGUUUGUUUUUCUUUUCUUUUUAUAACUUCUUUUAAUGGAAGAACGUUUUGGAUUUAAUAAUGGAAAGCUAAUGAAAUAUCAGGGCGUAUCCGUAUGUGGAACAGACAUGCAGGCACCACUGAUCUGACCUCUCAGAGCCUGACUUCAAUGUUUAGGAAUAAAUAAAACACAAUCUCUCACUCAAAGGGUUUUUGACACUAUCACAGAUGUACGGUGUGUAAGAAAGUUCUUUAACUGUGAAAUGUAAAGGGCCCUGAGAGCCCACCGCCUUCACCACUAACAAGAACCAUCUGUGAAUGACGUACUGAGACCCUCUGCUCAACACAUGCCAAAAAUAUACUGUUUUUCUCAUCUGUUUUGUAAGUGUACUGUAAAUUAAACAUUUCUAUGUGAAUGAA